UCUCCCUCUCUCUAAAUAUUUUCUCUCGAACGGAAGUGACUCCUCUCGUGCUAUUGGCUGCUUUCUCUCUCUACAAAUUAAUGGCUCUCUCUCUCUGCAAAAGUUGCUCUGGAAAUUUUCCUUCCUGAAUUCCUUCCUGAAAUUAUUUGGCAGAUAAACAAAGUGGUUUAGAGGUGUGAUUUGAAUCUCAAAACAGAGAGAGGAGAAGCUCUUAUUGUGAAGCUUUCAAGUGGCUCGGAAACUCUGAAACUCCCUACAUUUUUCCUUUGAAGAAAUGACGUUGAAAUCCUUCAUUGAUGUUCAUCCUGACUCCCAUUUCUCUCUUCAAAACUUGCCCUAUGGUGUUUUCAAGCCUGGAAAAGAGCAGAAAGCUCGGAUUGGUGUGGCGAUAGGGGAAUAUGUAUUGGACCUAUCAGCCAUUGCAGGAGCAGGGCUCUUUAAUGAACCGCUUCUAAAGGAUUCUGAGUGCUUCUUCCAGAAUUCUUUAAACAUGUUCUUGGCACUGGGACGUCCUGCAUGGAAGGAGGCACGUGCUACUAUACAAAGACUACUUUCUGGUACUGAUGAGCCAACGUUACGAGACAAUGCAAGCUUAAGGGAAAGGUCACUUUUCUCAAUGGAUCAAGUAGAACUGCUUCUACCUGCUGCAAUUGGGGACUACACUGACUUCUUUUCUUCUAUGCAUCACGCAAAGAAUUGUGGAACCAUAUUUCGUGGACCAGAAAACCCAAUUCCUGUUAAUUGGUUCCACCUUCCAAUUGCGUACCAUGGACGAGCUUCGUCAAUCCUUCUCUCUGGCACUGAUAUUAUUAGACCAAGAGGCCAAUCUUUUCCCGUUGGAAAUUCUCCACCUUACUUUGGACCAUCGUUAAAGCUUGAUUUUGAGCUUGAAAUGGCUGCUAUAGUCGGUCCAGGUAAUGAAUUGGGUAAACCUGUGGAUAUUGACAAAGCAGAAGAUCUUAUCUUUGGACUGGUGCUGAUGAAUGACUGGAGUGCUAGGGAUAUCCAAGCAUGGGAAUAUCAACCUCUUGGGCCUUUUCUAGGGAAGAGUUUUGGUACGACAAUAUCACCCUGGAUUGUGACCCUAGAAGCACUGGAACCUUUUGCUUGUGAUGCUCCAAAACAGGAACCUCAUCCUCUGCCUUAUCUGACUGAAAAGAAAUCUAAGAACUAUGACAUUGCCUUGGAGGUCCAAAUCAAACCUACCGGACAUAAAGAAGGAUCAGUUGUGACAAAGAGUAAUUUUAAAUACCUAUACUGGACCUUGCCACAACAACUUGUACACCAUACAUCUAAUGGAUGCAACUUAAGGCCUGGUGAUUUACUUGGAACUGGGACAAUUAGUGGACCUGAUCGAGAAUCCUUAGGAUGUUUGCUUGAGUUGACAUGGAAUGGGCAAAAGCCUUUGUCCUUACAAAAUGGAGCAGUUCGCAAGUUCUUAGAGGAUGAAGAUGAAGUUAUUAUUAGUGGCUGUUGUCAGGGGAAUGGCUACAAAGUUGGAUUUGGAACAUGCACAGGCAGGAUUCUUCCGGCACUCCUCUGAUGUAGCAUUAUAGGGCAUGCGCAUCAAAUAAUUGCUGAAUAUUUGAUUCUUAGGCCCCACCAAAUACCAUGAUUUGGUUUCUAUUAUUAUGUUUAUAUGAGGACUUAACCUUUGUUUCUUUAUCCCAAUAAAGCAGACAGUUAUGACUGCACCGACCAUGUUCAUUAGUGUCAAGAGGGUAUGCGCUUUUAUCAAUGUCAAUAGAUUAUACACUCGUGGCA